UAUAAAAAUCAAGAUUGAGGAGCCUAACAUUAUCCAAAUUCCCAAAAAUCCAGAGACAAGUAUCUUAGCUGCUGAUUUCUUGUGCUAAAGAAAGAAAUGAAAGAAAACAUGGUGAGCACAAACCUAGAAGAAAUUGAAGGAGAGGAAGAACAUGAACAUGUUUAUGAUAGGUACAAAGAAUUGAAGCUUCUUGAUGAAUCAAAAUCAGGUGUGAAAGGACUUGUAGAUUCUGGUUUAUCCAAAGUCCCUAAGAUAUUCAUCCAUGAUAAGAUUCAUGAACAUAACAAUCAAAUCACUUCCACGAAUCUCAAUAUUCCAAUCAUUGACUUUGGACCUCUACUUACAAGUUCAAGUUCACGUUUUGAUAUAAUUGAGAAAGUAAAGUAUGCAAGUGAGAAUUGGGGGUUCUUUCAAGUGAUCAAUCAUGGGAUUCCAUCUACUGUUUUGGAUGAUAUGCUUCAUGGGGUGCUUAGAUUUCAUGAACAGGACACUGAAACUAAGAAAGAGUUUUAUUCUCGUGAUAUUACUAAAAGGGCAUAUUUUAAUACCAAUUUUGAUUUUUAUGUUACUCCAGCUGUUAAUUGGAGGGAUACUCUUUCUUGUGUUAUGGCUCCACAGCCUCUUGAUCCUCAGGAAUUGCCUUCAAUUUGUAGAGAUAUAACAAUUGAAUACUCUGAGUAUGUUAAGAAAGUGGGGAUGCUUCUGUUUGAACUUCUUUCUGAAGCAUUAGGCCUCAAUUCAAGUUACCUUAAGGACAUAGACUGUGCUGAAGGACUUUUCGUAAUAUCACAUUAUUACCCACCUUGCCCUGAGCCAGAACUCACUUUUGGCACCAGUGCUCAUUCUGAUAGUAGCUUCCUCACUGUUCUAUUACAAGAUCAAAUUGGUGGCCUACAAGUUUUUCAUGAAGACCAAUGGGUUGAUGUUACACCAAUUCCUGGCGCUUUGGUCGUUAAUCUCGGUGACAUGAUGCAGCUAAUCACAAACGAUAAGUUCAUAAGCGUUAAGCACAGAGUUCUUGCACAAAAACUUGGUCCAAGAGUUUCAGUAGCAUGCUUUUUCCGACAACAUCUUCCUCCUGAGAAUUCAAAACUAUAUGGACCUAUAAGUGAGUUGCUGACACCUGAGAAUCCUCCUGUUUACAAGGAAACAUCAGUAAAGGACUUGGUUUCACACUACUACGGAAAAGGGUUAGAUGGUACUUCUGCACUAGAACACUUUAGACUGUAAAGCAAGAGGAAUGAAUAAACUAGCUUAUAGAAAUGGAAAUUUGCUUGAAAGUUGUAGAAGUGAGAUAUUCAACAUGUCUUAUUUGUAAGCUCUUUAAUCAUGGUAUUAUGAGUCCGAUAUUUUAGUUUCCAUGUAAUUACUUUUGUUUUUUUAACAACAUUUGGUGUAAAAUAUACAAUUUAAUCCGCAUUGUGUAAGAACUCUAAAGUUUAUGUAGACUAAGGCUUUAAAUUUAAUUUAGGAUAA